AUGGCUGACAGUACGGUCAAAAGCUUCAAGAUAGCCACCUCCACCGCCGAGGCUCAAGCCAAGUCCGGGGGCUUCAGUACGACCAUCAAGAGCGGCUACCCGCACCAGUACCAGAACUUCAACGCCCUGACCUGGGGCGUCCAGGAGUGUGACGACCAGCCGAAGAACAGUGACAGCAAGCUGCUGGAGUACCCGGUCUACUGGACCGGAGCCUCGAGAAAGGCGUGGUCCAAAGCCAUGGGGACCAAUUGA